AUGAAGCAGCAGAGCCCGUGCCCCAGAAACACCCUGAGUGUUCAGGUAGCAUACACGAGUGCUUCGGAAGCAUCUCCCACCGCUCAAGGUCAAUUCAGAAUGACUCAGGCGAAUAAAGCAAAAAUGACUUUAGGUUUGCUCAACCUACCUAAAGUGUACACUAACAUCCGCAACAGCCUCAAAGCGCAGAUGCAGAACGUCGGUUGGGUUAAUAAAAGCGUUCCCUGGGGCAGCAGCGUUCGAUGCUCUAUGCCUAAGGAAAAGCUAUCGAGAGGGCAGGGAAAUCGCGAGUACAGAGAAGCUGCCGGCGAUAGUGAUGAUGAUGACGACGGUGGACAGCCCGCCCAACGCUCUAGGAAGCGUAAACGGGAUCCAGUGUCUGCAGAUCUCGAUAGACCUUCCAUAAUGGUCACAGUGGUAGACCCCGAUGCUCUAGGAGCAUUCUUCAACGUUGUCCCGCCUCCUACCUAUCACUGGAACUAUCCACAAAAUGAGCCUUCGUUCAUUGGAAUUCUGACAAAGAUAACGUUUCCAGAGCUCUGCAAUUUGAUCCUGAAGCACACCGCACACAGCAGAGCAAUCAGGAGUAUCUGGGGAGCACUGGAUAACGUUCCACCGGCAUCCAAUCCACCUCAUCAGCAAACCUGUAGCCUUCGCCAGAUGCCCGGGGCGCUCAGGGUGCUCAGGUCGCUUGGUAGGUAA